AUGGAUAGUUGUUGUAAUAAAAUAAUCGAUGCUAUUCGUUCAAUUGAUGUUAAUGGAGACGAUGGAAUUAAAUUGAAUCAGAAAUUUAAAUAUAUACAAAGUGUAUUUCAAAAGGAAUGUACUAGUGCUAAACAUUUGAGAGAUAUCUUCAGCAAACUGAACGAGCAAGCGUUAAAUGAUUCCAUUUUUGCAGAACAAUUAGCAGAAUUUGGUGCAUCAAGAUUGUUUCAAACUUUGGAAAUAUUUAGUCAAAAAUUAUUACUGCUCAUGGUUAAUUUAAUGAAGGAAAAUUAUUUGAGAUUGGAUGAAAUGCAAGAAUCGAAUUUGGAUGAAUUGUUCAAUGCAACAACGUUGUUUAGCCAGUACUACAGCAAGGCACGAUCACCAGAAGGUUUACCAUAUGACUGGCUCGUAAAACCUCUUUUGGAAUAUUUGAAAACAUUUCUAAAUUUGAACACAAAAAGGUCAGCUAAAGAAUUCACAACACAGAUUACAUUAAAUGGUGAACGAAUAGCAAAAUCCCACCCCAAAGAAUAUGCAGAACUUUUAAACCUGUUACGUCAAAGAAUUUACUUAGACGAAUCAGAGGAUAAAUCAAUUAGAUUAUGGUACAUGUUUUGUUUAGAUUAUUCGUACACAUAUUGUCCGUCCAUGAAUCCAAAAGUGGAACAAUUUUAUAAUGGAUUGUUAAAGGAAUUUGUGGAUAACGAGGAAACCUCUGUUGAAAAUAAACAGACUGAAAUUAAUGGAACUGAGGAGGUUAAAAGUGAGCCAAAGAAAGAUGAUGAGAACAAAAAAGUUUUAAGUCGUAGUUCUAGUGUAGUUAAAGAAAUUAGUAGUAGACGUCCAAGUAGAGAAGAAAUUAUUAGAGCUUCUAUUGAAAAUAUUAAUAGAGCUGUAGAACAAACAAGUAUAGUUGAGCCAGAACAAAAUUCUGUUGAUAAACAGCAUACAACAGUUGAGCAUGUUACAACUGUUCAAAGUGCAGCUAAAAUUUCUGCUGAAAAUCUAAAUAACCCUUUUGAUCAAACCUCCAGGACCGAACAAGUUAAAACCUUAAGUAAAGACACUGAUGUACCUACAAAAACAGACAUAUCUAAUGAUUAUGUUAAUAAACAACCCUCGACAAAUCCUGCAGUAACUUCCAGAUCAUUCAGACCACCUAUGAAGACAGCACAAAGUGACCGUUUAAAUGAGGCUGAUGCACUAGUUUCAAAUCUAUGCCAAAACAUUGCAAGAUGCUCCGGAGAUGCCUCAAGACAAUUUUUCAGUUCCAGAAACCAAACAAACACAAAAUCCUCUCCCAAUGGACGUUGGACUUACAAUGAUAAUGACUAUAAAACAUCUCACAGAAAUGAUAAUGAUUUCAAACCGACUCAGAGGACCGAUAAGUUCAAAAUAGAAUAUGGUAAUAAUGAUAAUGAUUUCAAAUCAACUCAGAGGACCGAUAGGUUCAAAAUAGUUUGUGGUAAUAAUGAUAAUGAAUUCACAACUCAGAGGACCGAUAAGUUUAAAAUAGUAUGUGGUAAUAAUGAUUCAUUUAAACCGAAAUCAGGUGGUAUUUUAUCACCUCGUGAAAGACUCCGGUCUCAUUUGAAUAAAAAUAAACAGUCGCUGCAACAAGAGCCUCCACAGAAUGAACAAAAGAAAAAGACUAUAAAAUCUUAUUUGAAAUCUGAGUAUGUAGAGAAUUUAACAUGGAAUCAUGUUGAUGAUCAACAAGAUUAUUAUCCUGAAAAAAAUGAUAUAUCGCCUCGUUUUAUAAAUUAUCUACAAAGGAAUUAAUUGCAUUUUACUUUGUAGUAUAUAUUAUUUUGAAUA